UCCGACGACAGUGGUGGCCACUGCUCCGGCCAGGCAUAGCAUAGGCAGCCUGUAGCUUCUUCUACGCCUAGCCAUGGCCUGGCAACCUGCUACUCAAGAGCUCCUCCUGGUUACACAAGCCAAAAAAGGUAUCCCAUACCCACGCUACUGCCUACACCUACGAAACCUGCUUAUCCUGCUGCAAUUUCUGCUUAAUUCGUGGCUAAAUUCAAAGAAUGGUAGUGUGAAGUGGAAUCAAAAUGGGAACUGGGUGCAGACUGCCUCAAAGGAUCAGAUUAUUAAGAUCCAUGAAAGAGCAGCAAUCCUUCUGAGGGGACGUCGCUGGUUAGAUAGUUAUUACAGUAUCAAGAUUUUUAUAUGUUCCUUUACAUAUUUUAAGGUUCACAAAUUGAUACAGGUUUUAUAUGUAGCAGUUCAUUUGUUCACUGUAACCAUACAUGUAAACCAUAAGCAAAUGUAACAUAGGAGAUUGUUAUAUAAAGAGACUUUUGCAGCCACUUUGAUGUUUUGUU